ACUUCCGCUUCUCCUCUGCAGUGAGAGUAGAGAAACGUUAUCAAACGGUUCAGAAAGGUUCUCGGGAACGUUUCAUCGCAUUGCUGUGAGGAGCUUUAACUUAAAUGGAGCAUGGUGAUGCAGAAAACCACGACUGGCCGAUGCAACGCCGGGUGGAGGGUAUUGUGAGCCAACAUAUGGCAGACAUUGCUCUGGAAACCCUCCAGCAGAGACUGACUGCUGUGUCUGAGGAGGUGCACAGUCUGGCUCAACAUGUUUCCAGACGCUCGGGGGAAGAGUUCAAAGACGAGCCCCGGCGAGGGGACCUUAACUUCGGUGUAGAGCCGCCGCUCUCCUCCGCCUGCAACCCUGACAAGUUACUUUCUGUCCCAUCCACAGAGACUGCUGCUCAGCGGAAGAUCAUCGCCCUGCUGGUGGAGAUCAAAGAGGAGCAGCGGAGGCAGUGGGCUGUGUUGAGGGAUCUUCAAGCCCGACUGCAAAGUCAAACCAGCUGCGAGGAAGAGGAUGUGGAGGCUCUGGAUAUGGAUAUCCCCCUGAGGACCCUCGAGCAGUUGGAUGACGUGGAGAGACAGCUAGAUGAUGCGGGAGUACAGAAGAGAAUGGUGUCUUACCUGUCACGGAUGGGCGGGGCUACAAUUGAUGAUGCAGUGAGACGUCUUAUGCAGGCUGUGCUUUCAUUCGCUGUGGGUUCUGAGCUUAACUGGGUGGGCCGCGGACAAAAGAGAAGCUUUGGGAAGACUCGUCUCCAAGGGGUUCUUUUCCGUGCUCUGAAACGAACACCGGUGGGUAAGGAGGCCACACAUCACCAGUACGCUGAUGUGGUGAAGAAAUGGCUGCGGUUUGCUCCAUUCAGGCAGGGAGGGACCGGCCGUCGCUGCUACAAACCUCCUGUUGAGUUUCCAGAUUCAGAGGAAAAAGACAGUUUUACUCAAAGUUGCACAAACUGACAUUUAUCUCUCUUACUAGGUAUCGCAAGAUCGAUAAACAUUAGGGUUUCCACUCGGAAAUUAUAUCCACUGGUAAAUAUCCACAUGUAAAAAAAAACACUGUAUAUGAAAAGAUGGCUGUUAUGACACCAAUAUUGCAAUUUCUUAAAUAACCUGUGCACUGUAAAUUAAUGACAAGAUACUUUGUCUGUUUCAGUGAGCUGUGUUAGAGAAACUAAAUCUGACAAUGGUGUGCCUUUCACUUAAAAAUACAAACAUUUUAUUGGUCUGUGCCAUCAGUCACAAUGGGCUCUGUGCGUCAGCUGCACUACUGACGCACAGAGCCCAUUGUUUAUAGGAGGAUAUAUAAUGUCAUAGAAUCAAACCAUCUAUUGUAUGAUUUUUUUCUACCAAUUAUUUUUCUCCUUUUUUAUUGCCUAAUGCAGCAUUAAUAGUCUGCUGAGGUUAUGUGAGACUUUGUACAGUGGAUGUUCAUAGGUUAUACUGUAGAGGGUGAUAAAAUCAAAGCAUUUCUCUUAAAGAGGUUAAAGGUUAUUUUCUGUCAACCUUAUCAUGUCCUGCCUUAAAAUGAAACAGUAACAUCUAAUACAGUUUGCAUAUUUUGGUAAAUCGAUGAUGAUGAUGUUUCCCAGAAAAGACCUUUUCCACAUGUUCUUGUGUCUCAUUUGGUUAUGCCUCCAGCUACACAGGUGAAAAGUGCUUCUAGUGAUGAGUAUGUGAUAUAUAUACUCUGACACUUUGUUGUAACAUUGAUUACAUGAGUGAUUGCAAAGAGUUCAGGAAAGGUACAAUCUGUUUUUAAUAACCUUGCAGCACUAAUGGAAGAUGGAAAUAUGUACUCUGUGGUGGAAUCACUCCUGAAGACCUCCAGGCACAUUGUGCUGCAAAAGCUCAUAUUCAUAGCCUGCCUUUGUCAUUAAGAUGUGAAUAAUGACUCGCUUACUAAAGAAAAUGUAUUAUGAGAUGUAUUUUAUUCAUAUAAUUACACAGUGGAGAGGUCUUACUGCAGAGUAAUAAUUGAUGUAAUAUUUAUACCAUUUAGGAAUGCAUGAAACAACUAGCUUAUCACAUGCUCAGUUUUGAGGUGUUUAACAGCUUUUAACAGUAACUUGUAGGUUGAAUUACUAGAAGCUGCUAGAAUUUAGUAGGUUUGAAGAUGAAAGCAGAUGUCACAAGCACAUACAGUUAUAACAAGGCUUCUCUGUAUAUAAGCUGGGAAUACAUGAGUUGAAUAGGAAAGACAAAGUAAAACACUCAGGAUUGACCUAAUCUUUGAUUAAGAAAUCUGGUUUAAGGUCUAAAUUUAAAUUGUUUUCCCCGAAGCAGCCCAACAGCACAUAUAGAUGACAGUGACAGCAUAUGGGGUUAAAGGAUGUAAAUAGAAACUAGACUGUUGUUUCAGUUAUUUGGUUAGUUUUUGUAAUCUAAGUAUGUUAACCUUGUAAAAUAUAGGUCUUUAUGAUGUGCUUCAGUUCUAAUGUUGCUAUUAAUUCAGGUGACAAAACAGUUAUUUUUAGCUGCAGUAAAAGUACACACUAUUCUUAAUCCCAGGGUGAAGGAAACUCAGCUGGUUCUGUGUAUGUGUUUUCAAGUAUAA